AUGACACAGUCUAAAUUUUGUGCAGUCAUACCAGAGCUCAAAAACGUAUUCAACGAUGUUACCACCCCCGUCGUUGACCAGCUUGCCACUGUCUACAACAACCUCACCUCGCGAUUCCCCACUUUCAAUAGCCCCAACCAGGCCCUUGCCGUGGUCAUCGUUCACCUCACACAAUCGCAUGUCAAGUGCUCCCGAGAUCCAGAGGUGAUCGGUACCAGCAUUCAUCUUGAAAACGGGUUUUAUCGACCCUACUGUGGUGACGCACCCAAUCGCUUCCUCACCUUUGUCUCUCACCUCAAUGCUGUCUAUGACAAACUCGAUGCAAACGAACCCCAGCCUUACUUUCGCAGCACCCCCAUUGUUCAGUCGAGUGGUACAGGCAAGACACGCAUGGUAAGCGCCGAGAGCAACGCCAAGGCUGGCUAUCCACUCCCAGACCAAGGCGUCCGAACCUACUUUGCCAAUGCACAGCGCGAUUAUUCCAGCAGGUGCGACCUUCAAGUGGCCUGCUUCCUUUGUGCCUGGUUCACCAUGCUUGCCCAAGCAUUGAGACCUUGGAAGACCGACGCCGAAAAGUAUCAACAUCUUUGCGAUCUCAAUCGAUUCGAACCAGUCACCCGUGACAAUGGUCUGCCCAAGCCUCUUGACCGCUAUCCCCGCAACAACCACUUCAAGGCCAUAUCUGAGCUCGCAGAGAGCGAUCUCCCAAUUGUACUCAAGCUCGUAGAGGGGAAAGCUUCCAAAUCCUUCCUAACACCCAGUUACGAAACGAUCUUUGACGUGGCUCUCCGGCAGCCUCUUAUCGAUCUCAACAAGCAGCUAAUUGCCGUGUCGCGUCAUCUGCACUCGGGUCAAGCCGAAGUGCCAGUGCCUCCAGUGCUGGUAGCCUUUGACAAAUGCAUCGAAAUGAUUGUCACCGAUCCCAACAUGCCCAACAAUCAGCUCAACAGCCUUCGCCGUGCUUGGAACUACGUUGGUAUGCUCCAGGAUAAAUACAAGACUUUGAGUUUCUGGUUGGUGCUCAUGAGCACCAGCAGCAGUGCCGCUUAUCUCGUCAAACACGUUGACGAUCAGGCCUCGCUCCGUCGAAGGAACUCGGCGCCUUUGCAUAUGUUUGUUGGCGUCGGUGUCGAUGUGCUUGCCGAGGAGCAACGUGCCCUCUCCUGUGCCUCGCAGGCGUCCUCGCAUGACCACCUCAUCCGAUAUGGACGGCCACUCUGGCCCGCACUCGAGAGUGGUGACUUCUGGGGCAGCGUCCUUGCCAAGCUUCAAGGCAAAAAGAAUUUCUCCGCAGACAACACGGCACAGUGCUUCAGUGUCAUGGCCUCGCAGCUUGCCCUGGGCCUUGUCCCAGUGCAUGAAGGCAGUGGCGCCCUCUUUGGCGAGCAAAAGCUCUUCAUGGACAAGACCAUGGACCGGCACAUGCAUAUGGGGAUGUAUGGAGAGCUAGCCUCGCACAUGGCCUUGGUUGUCGCCUGGGAUGCAGCAAAGCGCAAAGAGCUGGACGCGCUCAAGCAACAGAAAACAUCGGAGCAUGUCAAGGUGCUGACCCGCACGGUGCCUCUCGAAACCAUCCUUUCAGAGCUUGCUAACCUCGACAAGGCCAACGCUGACCAAUUGCGCCAACGCGUUGAAAGAGUGCAGCAGGAUGGCUCGUCCACCUGUCCGGCGCUGCAACGACCGCGGGCUGGAACAUCGGCAGCAGCAGCAUCAACAGUGGCAUGGACCAACUUUACGCAUUUUGAUGUGCUGCCCGAACAUAUCACCGAGAUCUCUCCCGAAUACCUGUGGUACUGUUGGAAGCGUGGAGUUGGACUGCAAAUGGCACACUCGCAGCAUGGCAUCGACGGCAUCCUCCCCGUCUUUAUGGGCAACCUCGAUCGGCCCUUUGUUACUCCCACUGGCACGCAGGAUGAUGCUGCCACCAGCAUCGAGAUGCACGCCGCAUGCUACAUGACCUACAUUGCAUGGGAGGCCAAGAAUCGCGACGAACCGCAGCCAGGAGCUGGAUCAGGUAAGCCGGAUGUAAUGCUCAAGCUCGCUGGACCAUCGAUUAUGCGCACCUCGCAUGCACUGCCGGGUGAAAAGCCACUCACCGAAAGGGCUCUGCUCUGCGUUCUGCUUGACCUGGGCACCUCAACAUCAUUUGCCAGCAAACCUAAAGGAUCCCGCCCGCAAGUGCAGACGAUCAAUGGCACUGAAUGCCCUCGACUCUGCAUCCAAGGUGUGACCAACAAGCACGCCUAUCCUUGCCUCGACAUUUUGAAGAUCCGAGCCAUCUUUGAGCAAAUCUUGACCACUCUUGCCAUGAUACCCACCUUCGAGAAGUUCAAUGUGGUGUCCAAUCCGAUUUGGAACGAUCGCAUCCAGCCUGCGCUGCCCUCGAUCUCGGCGACUGGAGCAUCCAAUCCACCACCAUCAGCAGCAGCAGCAGCAGCAGCAGCAGCAACAGAUGAUGAUAAUGGCACGGCUCAAUGCAAAAAACAGCGUAUGGAUCUGGAUUGA